GGGACAGGGCACAGGGCACAGGGGUGGUGCAGUCUGAGGAAGCAUUUGUAUUGUAGCAUUGGAGCUCGGAACACAGUACGAGCAGAAGCGCAGGAGGAGCUAUGGCGACCGACACCGGCUUGGAGUCUCUCAUCGAUCAGACCAUUUCCGUGAUAACCAAUGAUGGGCGCAAUAUCGUGGGUGUGUUGAAAGGUUUUGAUCAGGCUACAAACCUGAUAUUGGAUGAAUCACAUGAGCGUGUGUAUUCUACUAAGGUAUAUCCGAUUGGUGUAAUCCUACGAAUCCUAUAUUUUUACGGUUGUAUUUGCUGCCGUAGCAUGGCGAAUUUGAAGCUUGACCAACGGGCUGGGUUAGUCGUGUCUUUUCUUAGUAAUGGUAGCAUCCAUGUUUUAAGGUUGUUUUGUUCGAUACAGGCUGGUGUGGAGCAGGUUGUGUUGGGUUUGCACAUCAUCCGAGGAGAUAACAUAGGAGUGGUCGGCGAAUUGGAUGAAGAGCUUGACUCUAACCUCGAUUUGAGCGCACUCCGAGCACAUCCGCUGAAAGCUGUGCAGCACUAGGACAUUCUUAGCACUCAAGGAAGUGAUUGAGGAAGUCAACGCGGAUUUGGGACAUGCUGGAAGGGAGGGCCAUGUGCAUCCAAAGAAUAUCUUUUUAAAUAUCUUAGUUCACCUAGCACAUAUAUCUGAUACUUGGUUGUCGGUGUCGUUGAAAUACGUCGAUGACGCAGAUAGGUAUUAUGCUCAGCAGGAUAAUUUUGAGGGUUGGAGAAAGCCAGGUGCCGCUUUAGCAUUGUAGCAUCACAAGAGCGUUGGCUUUCCCCUAUGGGUAGAUUUGGAAUGUAUCAUUUGAAGUCGGAUUAGACCAAAGUUUGUACACUGAAGUCAUUGGCAUGUUUUGUGAGUAAAUGCUCUACUUUUUGUUUCA